AUGCCCACUCUGGUUGAAUCUGAACAACGUUGCCUGAAUUGGGAAGUGCAGUCUCUGCUGGCCUUUAAAAGUGGUUUAGAUGAUCCUGCUGGGCGUUUGGCUUCAUGGAAUGCUUCCUCAAGUUGUUGUGAAUGGAGUGGGGUGUUAUGCAGCACACAGACGGGCCAUGUGAUUGCUGUUGAUAUACACAAUUCUGGCAGUACAGGUGAUCCUCAGAGCUUAACUGGUUUCUUUCAUCCUGCACUAUUUGAGCUAAGGGAUUUGGAGUAUUUGGAUGUUAGUUCCAACAAUUUUACAGACCACUCAAUUCCACUGGAGUUGGGUAUGCUGAAAAAGUUAAGAUAUCUUAAUUUGUCGACAGCAGGAUUCGCAGGCAGCCUUCCAUGGCAGCUGGGGAAUCUGUCAAGCUUGAGAGUAUUGGAUCUCACUUCUUCUUCUUCCUCUACCUUGUCAAGUUCUGAUAUCUCAUGGCUUUCAAAUUUGACGGCUUUGCAAGAUCUGUCUUUUGACUACAUUGAUCUGUCGGCAAUAAAGAAAGACUCGUGGGCAUUAUCAGUAAGUCAUCUUUCUCAUCUCAAAAAUCUCACGAUGUCAGACUGUGGGCUCACAGGUGCGGUUCCUGCUCCUCUGCAGAAUCUUACAUCCUUGGAAAUUCUGCAUCUGGACGGUAACUUGUUUUAUUCUGAGUUUCCCAGUUGGGUAACAAAUAUGACUAGCUUAGUCUCUCUGCAAAUGACCGGUUCACAUCUCAAUGGUUCUCUUCCAUUUGAGCUCUCAAAUCUCCCUCAUAUAAAAAAUGUUUAUUUAGGAUCUAAUGAAAUAUCUGCCAACGUUUCUCAGAUUUUUGCAGGGCAGUGGAAAAGCCUUAUCCUUUUCCAGAUGCCAAGCAAUGACUUGCAGGGCUCCAUUCCAUCCUCCAUCGACAACAUUUCUUCGCUGGUUCAUCUAGAUCUCAAAGAUAACUCUUUGAAGGGAGAAAUUCCAAACUCACUGGGGCUACUUCCCUCGCUCAGAAAACUGGAUCUCAGCUACAACAGCUUAACAGGGCCGAUUCCAAUUUCUUUAGGGCAAUUGUCUAAAUUGACCUUUAUCUCUCUCACCAAUAACGACCUCAGUGGAGAAAUCACAGAGUCUCACUUCAGCAGCAUGAGGAGCCUCAAAUAUCUUGACCUAUCUAAUAAUGAAUUAUCCCUCAACGCUAUAAUCUCAAACUGGACUCCUCCAUUCCAGUUACAGGUGAUGAGAUUAUCUCACUGCAAGUUAGACGGCGCAUUUCCUCCCUUUCUGCAAAAUCAACAUAGUACGCAGGAACUGAAUCUCUCCAACAAUACCCUCAGGGGACACAUCCCUUCCUGGCUGUGGAAUCUUCCGUUGCUGGAGGAGAUAGUUUUGGCGCAUAAUGAAUUGGACGGCCUAAUACCCCCUGAGCUUUAUAACGUGUCUUCGCUGAAACAUGUUGAUCUACGGGAUAAUCGGUUGCAGGGGAAUCUGCCGAUUCCUCCAUCUUCUGCUGCAGGCUUUCCUCCGGCACUUGAUCUCUCCAUCAACAACAUAAUGGGUACAAUCGCCACACAAAUCUGCGCCAUGCUGCGUUCUUCACGCUUCUUAUCAUUGGCAUCCAAUAAACUUGAAGGCCAAGUUCCUCCUUGCAUUUGCGAGACAGAGCAGUCUUUGGAGGUCCUAGAUCUUUCCGACAAUAAACUUUCUGGCAAGUUGCCGUCUACCGUUGGGAAUUGCUCUUUGUUAAGAGUACUGAAUGUGGGAAAUAAUGAACUACAAGGAGAGAUACCAUCGGAGCUGGGAAAACUGAUGCAACUCCAGGUACUGCACAUGAAUGACAAUAGUCUGGUGGGUCAGAUUCCUUUGUCUCUACAGAACUGCAGCAACAUUGAAAUUCUGGAUUUGAGCAGCAAUUCUAUAUCCGGGUCAGUUCCCCAGUGGAUAGGAAGCCUUUCAAAGCUCAGGAUACUAGUUCUCAGGUCUAAUGAUUUGCAGGGUGAGAUACCGAUCCAGGUAUGCUACUUACAGAAUCUACAAAUUCUUGACUUGGCAAUGAACAGGCUGCAGGGUACCAUACCUGCUCAUCUUUCAAACUUGACUGCAAUAAAGAGUGGCAACCUUAGCUCCUCCGUACCCACCGUGCUCAGAUAUGGAGAGUACUACAAAGAAGAGGUUUAUCUCAUGGUGAAGGGUGCAGAGAGGGCGUAUAAGUACAUCCUUUCCACUGUGACUUCCAUAGAUCUAUCUACAAACAGUUUGAGUGGUGAGAUACCAGGUGCUUUAGGAGACCUCCAAAGUUUACAGAAUCUAAAUCUUUCUUGCAAUCAAUUCAGCGGAAUUAUUCCAGACGAAAUUGGGAAUUUAGUGAACUUGGAAGCGUUGGAUGUGUCCUCUAAUCGGAUGAGCGGAAGAAUACCUGUAACACUCUCACAACUUAGCUUCAUGGGCUAUUUGAAUCUCUCCAACAACAACUUGUCGGGAAGGAUUCCUGAUUCGGCCCAUUUGGACACCUUUGGGGAAUCUUCAUUCCUGGGAAAUCCAGAGCUGUGCGGCAAGCCACUGCCCACAAAAUGUUUUGCUUCUCCUCCACCUUCUUCAGGAGAAAAAGAUGUUCAGGGCAGAGCAUAUCGCUGGUGGAAAUCGUGGAAGGUGGGAAUGGGAUUAGGAUGCGGAUUAGGUUUUGGAGUCCUAAUCGGAAUCCUCGGUGUGUGCAGGAACUGGAGAAGAAGAUAUUUUGAGUUUCUUGAUGCUUUCGUCAAAUUGUUGUUAGGAGAUGCAAGUGCUCCCUGUGCCGGGUGA